UGUAUUGAGGGUGUGGCUAUUAGUUAUUCCACAAGGUAUCUGUGCAAAGCCGUUAAAAGUUGGAAGAACAGUUAAACUAGCGUUCCGGGAUAUAGUCUAUAAAGGCGGUAAACGAAAAGGCGUUUCAAAAGAGUUCCUCUUUCACGGUUGAUCUUGACUAACAGAAAUAUUAGUUAUUUAAACAAGCUUAGAAUUACGACGGUAUGAGUGAUAGACAUGACAAGAAGUCUCUGGUCGCAGAGAAAGGACGAAAAGUGGCUUCGACAGACGAGCUCGGAGCCACCUAUAUCUCUGGAAGUAGCCUUUCAUCAAUAAUUCCGCCUGAUAAGCCUGCAUUAUUUCCUGGUAAUUUAGCGGAUGAUGUCUUGUUCUUGGACCGCGACUUUCCAAUGGGAGAUCUGCUUCUUCAACCUCCGAUGGAAUGGAGGCGACCUAAGGAUAUCUGCCCCACACCACAGUUCAUAGUGGAUGGAGCCACGCGAAUGGAUGUCUGUCAGGGCGUUUUGAAUGACUGCUGGUUUCUGUCUGCGGUGGCGUCCCUGUCCAUGUAUCGUCCGCUGCUGGAGCGAGUGGUGCCCGUGGAACAGAGCUUCCAGAAGGGUUACGACGGCAGCUUUUACUUCCGGUUCUGGCAGUAUGGGGAGUGGGAGAUUGUGAAAGUUGAUGACCUGCUACCGACGCAGAAGGGCAAGCUGAUCUACCUGAGCUCCUCACAGAAAGAGGAGUUCUGGAGCGCUCUGUUGGAGAAGGCCUACGCUAAGCUCAAGGGGGGCUAUCUGGCCUUAAAUAUGGGCUUCCCCCACGAGGCCAUGGUGGAUAUGACUGGGGGUGUGACGGAGGUGCUGACCGUGGCGUCGCUGCCCAUGGACCUGGCAGGCUUCCUCAAGCCCCUCCUUGCCAAGGGAGCCCUCGUUAACUGUGCCAACUGCCAGGGGCCUCUUGAGCAGCAGAAUGAGUUUGGAAUCCUAUUCAGGCACGCCUACUCUGUGACCGGCCUUGAAAAUGUGAAGACGCAGUUUGAGACUGUGGAGCUGAUCCGUGUUCACAACCCCUGGGGCAAGACAGAGUGGCAAGGACGUUGGAGUGACAUGAAUGGGCCUGAGUGGAGGAAUGUCCACGAGGAAGAGCAGCAGCGUCUGGGGAGAGUCCAGCGUGAGGACGGGGAGUUCUGGAUGCUGGUCUCAGACUUCCGUCAGAACUUUGAUUUGAUGGAGGUCUGUCACCUGAGCGAGCAGACCCUGAACAUACUGGACGGCCCACAACGGCCAUGGCAAUGCACAAUGCAUCAUGGGAGCUGGGUCCCCAACCUCUCCGCCGGGGGUCCUGCCAGUGGAAGUCCAGGCUGUUUCUGGCAGAACCCUCAGUUCCACUUGACCCUUCUGGAGGAAGAUGAUGAUCCCAGUGACCCUGAACUGACAUGUUCCUUCCUGGUGGCCCUGAUGCAGAAACACGAGAGACUCAGAGGAGUCCACCUGGCCAUCGGUUUGGACAUCUAUGAGGCAAAUUCAGAGCAUGCUUACCUAUCCCCCAUGGACCUCCGCUUGGUCCGCCCCCUCAUCAGCACCAAUGGUUACGCUCAACGAAGAGAGGUGGUGAUUCGUGGUCGGCUGGCGCCCGGCAAUUAUGUCAUCAUCCCCUCCACCACAAUGGCCAAUCAGCAGGGAGAGUUUAUCCUGAGAGUUUUGACAGAAAAGGGCAACAAUGCAUCGCCAGCUCAGAAGCCAAGCACGGCAGAAAAAUCUCCCAGAAAGCUUUCUCUUCCACAUCUUUCGGCUCUUCCCUCUGAUGAAGCUACAUCCCGGCUGUUUACGAAGCACUGCAACAAGGGGGUGGUUCGGCCCUUGGAGCUUCUCAACCUACUUACCGAGGCCAUAAAAGGCGGGGUGCUGACAGGCAGUGAGAAGAAGCUGGCCCUGGAACACUGCAAGAGCUUUGUGGUCCUCAUGGAUAGUCGGGGCUUAGCACAGCUAGACUGGCCGGAGUUCCAAGCACUGUGGGACAAGAUCAGGAAAUGGACGGAUAUAUUUCUGAGAUUUGAUGAGAACAGAUCACAGCUGCUGGAAUACCCAGAAAUCUCACCUGCCCUGAAAGCUGCAGGCAUGCAGGUGGAUGACUUCGUCCUGCAGCUGAUUGGCCAACGCUACACGGAGCCCGACAUGACAAUCAGUUACCCUGGUUUUCUUUACCUGCUAAUGAAACUGGACAGCAUGAUUCAUAAAUUUCAAGCCUAUGACAUCGUGGGGAUGGGAACCGUAUCAGUCAACUACAGACAGUGGCUUCACCUGACGAUGUACAACUGACCUGCUUUCACUGGAUCUUAGGUUCUCACCUGACAGUACAAAUAUUUAGUUUUUUUGUAUUAGCCGUGUUGUAAAUAAAAAUGUCCUCGUAGAGACAGUCAGUUAUUUGUGCCAAAUAUCUUAUUUUAGUAAUUCCAUAACAAUGUUAUCACAGCCACCAUUCUUUCUGUUCAGCUAUCUGUCUGCUCCCUUUUCAGCAGACUGAUAAAGUAUAGUCAAGAGGUUUUGGACAGAGGCCCAGAUGAGGGGGGGGGGGGCUUAAACAUCCUGCAUUCAAACACAUUUUGCUAUGGUGCAAAGUGAAAAUGCUUCACUGUUAUCAUGCUGUUGCUGAACAUUUUGUCAUGAGGAAACAGGAAAUGUUACCUUUUGAAAACUCCUUCUGCAACUUCUUUUGCAAUUCUCCACAUUCUGCUAUCAUAGUUAUCUGAUGUCCUGACCCCCAGACAGCUAUUAGCUGUUUUUCAGGUGAUAUGAGUCCUGAGUGCUAUAUGAGACAAUAUGCCAUGUGUAUGAUGUCACAUUGUUAUAACCAUGAUGCAUUGUGCCUUAGCCACUGUCCAACAACUUGUUGUUGCUUGCUCUUUGGGGUUUCAGGCUGGGUAAAACUACUUUGUGACAACUGCUGAUGUAAAAAGGGCUUUAUAAAAUAAAACUGACUGACCUGCUAGUCAGUAAUUUGAGAAAAUUAAACUGGUUUGAUGUGAAACCAUUUAAUGUGACAUUGAACGCCCCACGAAGAUGCCUUUAUAGUAAGCAAAUUAUUAGGACGCGGUCCAACAGCUAUAUAAAAGACGCUAGGAAUGUGGCACUUUAGUUGUGAAGAAACAUCAGAAGGGAUGGUCUGCGGCCUGGGAUCAUCGGUAGUAUGCCGUCCGGCUGAUGGUAAUUGACAUGGACACGGUUGGAGCGUGACCUACUUCUGUAGUGCCUGGGCAUGUCAGUCAGACCCGGCCUAUUAAAUUUUAAUGGUGAAUACAAGUUGCUUUAACGCAAGUUUGGAAAUAAAAGUAUUUGCUUACUUGAA